AGACCCCAGCUUCCCAUGGAGGCGCCUGAGCUGGGCCCGGGGCUGGUGGAGCGUCUGGAGCAGCUGGCGACGUGUCCGCUGUGUGGGGGCCCCUUCGAGGACCCAGUGCUUCUGGCGUGUGAGCACAGCUUCUGUCGCGCGUGCCUGGCCCGCUGCUGGGGGAACCCGCCGCCCACCGGCACUGAGGGGUCCCCCACCGCCUGCCCCUGCUGCGGCCUGCCGUGUCCCCGCCGCAGCCUGAGGUCUAAUGUGCGGCUGGCGGUGGAGGUACGGAUCAGCCGCGGGCUGCGGGAGAAGCUGGCCGAGCCCGGCGCCCGCUUGGGAAGGCGCCGAGGAGGCCGUAUCCCAACCAUGGGCUGCCUGGACCCGCACGGAGAGGAUAUUAGGAAGACGUGGAGGCGAUUUGAUGCCCCAGCACCCAAGUUGUCUAACUCAGAGGAAGAUCUCCCUGAUGAUUAUCCAGUGGUCAAAAACAUGCUUCACAGACUGACAGCCGACUUGACGCUGGACCCUGGCACCGCACACCGCCGCCUGCUCAUCUCCACUGACCGUCGCAGCGUCCGACUGGCCCCACCAGGAACCCCUGUACCCCUGGACGGCCCCGCGCGCUUCGAUCAGCUCCCAGCGGUACUAGGUGCACAGGGCUUCGGGGCCGGCCGCCAUUGCUGGGAAGUGGAGACCGCGGAUGCUGCCUCUUACGGAGACUCUUCCGGAGAGGAUGAGGACGACGGGGAGAGCUGCUAUGCAGUGGGCGCUGCCGGGGAAUCGGUGCAACGCAAAGGCCGCAUCAGGCUGUGCCCAGCGGAGGCCGUGUGGGCAGUGGAAGGCCGCGGCGGCCGCCUGUGGGCCCUCACCGCACCGGAGCCCACCCUGCUGGGUGGCGCAGGACCACCGCCAAAGCGCAUUCGUGUGGACUUGGAUUGGGAGCGGGGCCGCGUGGCCUUCUACGACGGCCGCUCAUUGGACUUGCUGUUCGCCUUCCAGGCGCCCGGACCCCUGGGGGAGCGCGUAUUCCCUCUGCUUUGCACUUGUGAUCCCCGGGCCCCGCUCCGCAUUGUGCCAGGAGAAGGCUGAGAGCCUCCCUCCUGGCCCCUGAGUUUGGACCAGCUACUUUGAGGCUGUUUCCUCUAGUUGCUGAAACGGGUUCAUAAGCCUAUGCAAUAGUAUUAAUAAGCACUCAUCACCAAUUCUCAUUAUCCCCAUCCCCACAAACCUUACCAGGCCUCUAGGCUUUCACAUCCUGGCCCCAAAUCCAAUAGCUCCUGCCCCCUUUCUCUUGGGGAAUAUCCCCCACCCCACUACUCCAGUACUUUCUGUUAGUUCUCCCUUUCUACACUAUUCUAGGCCUCAAUUGUGGAAUUGGUUCAGCUUGUUAAGUACUGGUGAGCCAUCCACAUUUACUACACAGAGGUCCUGGCUUUCUUAACUUCAAAGGGUUCAGUGCCUUCUCCACUGUUGGAAGGCUUGUGCUUCCUGGUCCUGUCCAUUUUGAGGUUUCUCCUCAAGAGAGGAAAAAGCCUUUUCCUAAAACAAGAAGC